AUGGCUCUGCUUCAUGGCGUGCAGCAGCUGGCCCAGCAAUCUGCAGCAGCCGGCAGGACGCGCAUGAGUCCAUUCGCUCCCUUCAAUGACAGGCACAGCCAUGUAAAGGGCACUGGCACUCGCUGGGCACGGCUGCAGCGGCUCCGUGCUGCGGACGCGGGGGCGCUGGGCGGCGCAGACGAUCAGCAGCAGCAACAGCAGCAGCCAGCCUCUCAGCGGCCUGAGGCGCCAUACGAUCUCAAGCCCUUCCCGCGGCGGCGAGAGAGCAACCCGUACCGGUUGCUAGGCGUGGAGGAAGUGGCGUCCUUUGAGGAGAUCCAGGAUGCGCGGAACUAUCUGUUUGAGCGGUACAAGUGGGACGAGCCCAGCCGCGAGGCGAUCGAAGGGGCCUUUGACACGCUGCUGCAGACCCACUACAAGCAGCGGCAGAAGACGGGCUUCCAGCCGCCAGGCAUUCGGGGCGGCCGCGGCAUCGUCGCGCGGGAGCUGGGGGCGCCGUCGCUGAUUGCCCGGGUCAAGGGGCUGUUUGACCCGACGGUGACCACGCGGACCAUCAUCAACGAGGGUGCUGUGUUCGGCGCCUUUGCGCUCUGGGUGCUGUUUUCUUCCGACCAGUCCUUCCCCCUGGCGAGCACUUUCAUCUACUGCGUGUACCAGUUCCAGCAGAAGAGGGUGCGGCGCAACCCCGAGGGCCCGUUCUUCCUCAACAGCCCCAUGCUGGGCGCCGUGAUCUCGACGCUGUGCUGCCUGGCAAUCGGCUGCGGCGUCAUGACGGUCCUCAAGGUGCCCCUGGCGGCGGUGAUCGGGCAGAGCGCGCGGCAGGACUUUCCCAGCACGGCGCUCACGUUUGAGGCCUGGAUCAGCUCCUCGGACUUCUGCCACUCUGGGACCAUCAUGUCCUAUUCCAAGGACAGCAAGGCGACAGACCAUGACACGCGCGUGGCAGACUUCAACCACUUUGUGAUCUUUGACCCCAGGAACCUCCUGGCCUGCCACGACUUCCACUACAUCGACCUGCAGCCUGACCCGAAGAACGAGUCAUGCCACUCCAGCUACAUCAACGUCACCGGCCACGACGCCACCGCAAAGUGGGCGCUGGGCGGCGCGGGGUUUCGGGGGCGAGCCGGAGCCCGGUGGGCGCGCAGGCGUGGCCCUUGA